CGCACGCGCGCCGUGGCUGAUGACGUCGAGAAAGAGGGGCGCGCGCCGGAGGCGGGGCCGAGGGGCACGUGUCACCCUACGUGGGUUGCGAGGUGACGCCGCUGCCCAUAGUUACCCGGCGCCGUGAGGAGAAGAUGGGUUUGCUGUCAAUACUGCGGAAAUUGAAGAGUGCCCCUGAUCAGGAGGUUAGAAUACUCCUUCUAGGUUUGGACAAUGCAGGGAAAACAACAUUACUCAAACAGUUGGCUUCAGAAGACAUUAGUCACAUCACACCUACACAGGGAUUUAAUAUCAAAAGUGUGCAGUCGCAAGGUUUCAAGUUAAAUGUGUGGGACAUCGGAGGACAGCGAAAAAUUAGACCAUACUGGAGGAACUACUUUGAAAAUACUGAUGUUCUUAUCUAUGUCAUUGACAGUGCAGACCGCAAAAGAUUUGAGGAAACGGGACAGGAGCUGGCUGAGCUACUAGAUGAAGAAAAACUGAGCGGUGUUGCUGUUCUUGUUUUUGCCAACAAGCAAGAUUUGCUGACAGCUGCCCCAGCAUCUGAGAUAGCUGAGGGGCUGAACCUGCAUACAAUUCGUGACCGUGUUUGGCAAAUCCAGUCUUGUUCUGCACUCACAGGAGAAGGUAUACAGGAUGGGAUGCAUUGGGUCUGCAAAAAUGUCAAUUCAAAGAAGAAAUAAAAACCCCUCCAAGCACCAUGGAAGGAACCAGAUGGACCAUUUCUGAUUUGAUGAUGAUAAUUAAUUGUUCCUGACCAAAUUCUCCUCCACUAUUCACAAUUUUAGCUACGAAGCCAGAAAGUGGCAUUGGGAGUAAUGUAUCUCCAGUACACUACCUGAAUUUUUGGAAUCCUUUUAUAAAUACUGUACAUGUCUUGUGAAUGUUGCUGCAAUACAUCAUUCCAUGCAGUUUGAACGAUCCUUCUGAAUGCAGUGGGCUGUAAGCCGCAUGGACUGAUGUGUGAUAACUCUUGUGGGACAUGCCCUCAUUUUCUUUGCUAGAAGCUUUAAGAAAAAAGAUAAUCACAGUUGUUGGCUGUUUUCUCUCCUCCAAACUUAACGUUUCUUUUUAUAGGACAUUUGUGCAGAUGAACCAUUGUCCUCUGUAUUUCAUAUUCUGCUGACUUUUGCCCUUCGUAGGGAACUUUUUCCACUUUGCAAUAUACAAUUAAAUAUAUAUUUUAAUUGGAAUGGUUUGCCAUGCAGCUUUUUGAAGAAUUACUUUCCUCUCUGUUUCUUCUGUGGAUGCACAGGGCUCUGGUGUACCAGUAGUUUAAACUUAAACUGGGGAAGUGCAAGACAGAUGAGGGUUUUAGCUUGGGCUGGUGUGUGUAAUUCAGGCUUAUUAUGCAGCCAAAAGAACUGCAGUAAUAUUUACCAAAAGCUCUUUUAGAAUCUGAGUUUAACUAGAAACUAUCCAAAUUUACAUGGACCAAAUGCAACUGAUAAAUUGCCUUAGUUAUCUUGAUUUUCUUUCACAAACAAAGUUUAUGGAAUCAAUUUCUUAGGAGAAUUUUAUCUUCACCUCUCACAGAUAAGGAAACAGCAAAGCAAGUGAUCGGCAGGUCUAUAGCGUUGAGGCUUGGCUGCUUUAAAUCCUCAUUAAUGAGCUGCAAGCAGAUUUGCCAUUAAAAGGCUGGAGAGGAAGCAGCUGCCCAACCAUAGAAAUAGAGUAGAUUGGAGUUACUGCCAAGGGCCUAGGGGAAUGGUCCCUGGCAUAAAGCAAGUGCUUGGUGUGUUAUCAUUGUGAUUGUCUAUUGUGUUCUUUCAACGGAGGUACCUACAUAUUUUGACAUUAUUUAUUUGCUGUAAUUUUGACCAUUCUUUCGGUUAUUUGAGGCACAACACUAAAGUAUAUAUGUCCAGAAUAUUCUUCCUGCAUUAGUGCUGGUUUGUUUAAAUGCAGAUUUAUUGCAAUAAAUGAAACCAGCUUUCUAGAAAAUGUCGUUGCAUUUUAAAUGAUGGGGUUAGGAGGAGAGUUGGGGGCUUUUAACACUAGAGAGGUAGAAUGAGCACUUCCAGCAAGACCAAGUCUUGGAUAAUAACAGAUAACUUGCCUGCAGAUAAAAAUUCACAUUAUUUUUUUUGCUAGUAAUUAAACAGCUCACCAUCCAUGAAUAAAUCUUAGCAGUUAUGAAACUGAAAACUGAUCCUUGGUGCUCAGUCAAGCAACCAUUAAAGGAACAAUAAUAAAAAUGAGAUUAUUAUGGUUGUGUUCAGUAAAAUAAAGGAACUAGUUGUUCUGUGUAUGUGCUGGAAAUCUUCAUCAGACCGUUAAGAUUAUUUUUCUGGAUUUUAACUACUCUUCGCUGGGAAUGCUUCCUAGUCUGUCCCAGUGGGCAAGGAUAUCCUGUUUGCUCUCUCAACAUGUUUAUAACUGACUGAAUUACACUACUGUGUAUGUGCUAAGCGACAUCAUCCUAAACUGUGGGAGCCAAAAUGCUUUCUGGACAAUGAUCCCUAGACUGCCUUAACAUUGCAAAUGAAAGCACUCACCAAAUUUCAUCUCCUUAACUGUGCAAAUCUAUUCUGACUCCAAUAUAUUCCUAUCUCUUUAUGAUUUUUUUAUGAACCCUUGGAACGGUGUAGCUUGGCAGAGUUGAAGACGGCUGAGGUGGUGCCAGAAAUUGUUCAAAUUGUCUUUUUAUCCUAUGGGAAAUGAUUGUUGAUGUCACAGAUCUCUAAGAGCUUACAAUCUGUGUCAUGAAUCAGUUCAACCUAGUUUCUCAGCAUGUAGAUUACUGUGAUAUUGAUUGUCAAAAGUCAAACCUGUUAUGUUAUUAUAUGCAACACAUAUCACAUGUUACUCACAUGUUAUUAUAUGGUUGCGCAGCACCUGGAGAUGUAUCUUGUAGCAAAGCAGUCUGAGCUUUAAAUUGACUUUUUUUUUCCUAUCAGUAUUAACUUAGUUAUGAUUUAAAAGAAAGGGUUGUUCCCAUGGAAAUUGGCUUAAGUCAGAGAUGACUUAAGACUUUCUUCAUGGGACCUCAAUUUAACCAUGUUACUUGACCUGUUACUAGUAUGCUGUUUUGCACCUUCCUUGACUUUUUAAUCAAAGUCCAUUCUAUGCUGCAUGGUUUGUCUCACUGAAUGUUUCAUACAUAAGUUUAUAUAGUUGCUUUUCGUGCUACUAAAAAUUAUUCAAAGGCAAGUCUUCUCUCUGUCUCACUGAGAAGGAACUUAUUUUUCAUAGUGGAACACAGCUGUUUUAUGACAAUCAAUUCCUUUAGUGGCAUAAUUAUUUGCAGGUUUUGAUCCAUUCAGUGGUGAAAGGUUUUCAUAAUAAAUGGAUCACAUGGUUCUAGAAAUUGGCAUAUACCAAUGUUAUCAAUGACAUUAAAACACCAAUGGUGAUAUGGCUAUCACUGGAUUAAAAUAGCAAAUAUUCACUGACAAGCUGUCCUUUGAAGGCUGAAGUGCUAAUUUCACUGAUUAAAUUCAGUAAUCAGCCUUCUUUUGGCAAUAACAAAGUGGUUUUUGAGAUUAAAGCUUCUUAGAUUAAGAUUAACUUGUAAGUGUCCAAACCCUGAAAACCUUUAAACUGGAAUCAAACAGCAGCCAGACCAUUGCUUUAAAAAAUGGCAAGUGCAUUUGAUUAGUGAUUUCUUUACUCUAGGAAGUUAAUGACCUUUUGUUCAUUUCAAACUAUUAUUUUUCAUUCUGCAAAUUGAAUGCAUGACUAAUCAUUAUUAAUAACUCUCAGCUGUACGCAAUCACGUAGCUGCUAAGCUUCAUGGGAGAGUCUGUGAAGAUGUCCACGUUCACUUACACAAGUAUGAUUUAGAAGUUUGGAAUUUGAUAAAGUUAAUACCCACCUAGAUGACACAUGAAAACAUAGUUUAUCCACAUAAUAUAAAAGUUAAAUUUAAUGGAUUUCACUCCUUGUAGAGGCAGCUACAAAAUGCUUUACAUAUGAUGGUGUUCAUUGACCUUUUGCACCCCAAAAGCUGCUGAACCUCAGGUCAUUUGUUUUAUUUAGUCCAAUCUGAACAGUUAAAUUUGUUUUCAAUAGCAACUCAGAACAGCCCUCAUGUCCUGCUAUAGUGAAAGGGAAUCUGUGUCACUGAACUACUACUAAUUAAGGUUCUAAUAUACACAACAAUUUCUUUUCAUCUGUGUUCAAAGAAGCCAUCUCAAUAUUUAAUAGAAGAAAGUCCUUGACCUGUCCGUUCAAAUCAAUUUUAAUCAACUACUACCCAUUUACAGACAGCAUAGAUAAUCAGCAGUCUGUUGGUCUCAAAUUUUGAACUGGGAAAAUGCUUCUUUUCUGCACCUAAAAAUUCUUAUCAUGAUUUCUACUGGCAUUCUCCAUCAGGGUUAAUGGAUGAAGUCUUCUGUCCCUAAUCAAUCAAAUCCAGGUUCCAGAUCCAAUCCCAUUAUUGCCAUCUAUCCUUUUACUGAUAUUCUCUUCAAUUUGCAUUUGUAAAUUUUGUCAUUGUGAAGAUGGUAGAAGAGGAAUGGUUAUUAUUGAGCAUUGAACUUUUUUGAAGAGGAUAAUUACUUUGGUUUUUUUUUUGCCCAAUGUAUUCUCUGUGAGUGAUAUUGUACUUUUAAAGCUGUACAAAAUCACAUUGCAGUCAAUUUAAAUGACCCUCUCUUUUUCAUGCAGCUCCUUCCUAUUCACACUUUUUAGAAAACACAAUAUGUGCUUGUUAAACUUGCACCCCCCCCCCCCCGGAGUUUAAACAGCAUGUGUUUUAUUUUUGUCUGUGUUGAUAAAGUAUAAAUGCCUGUAGUCCUUUCACAUGCAGUCAGCAUUGCAUUCUUCAAUGGCUGUAGAUAUUCCAUGGUUGAAUUCAUAUUGUUCCUGUGUUAUCAACUGUUUCCAGCUUUACAGUUGUUGAAAGAUAAAGAAUGUGGUAUUUUGUCAUAGAUCACACGGUACAUGUAAUUCAAAUGCAGAAUGUCUUGUUCAUGAAAUAAAGACUGUUUAAUAAAAAUCUCAA